AUGGCUCCUUCCUAUGAAGCAGCUAUCAAUACCCAAACAAAUGCUGCAGACAUUCUGGAUAAGGAUGACCAAAGGUCUCAAAAUACGCUGCAAGAGUCAGAAUUAGCUGCCGAUACGGAGAAACAGGCUCCCUCGCAACCUCCGGCGCAAUCGCCGUGGGGGACGGCUGAUCCCCCGCCUGAUGGGGGAUUCGCGGCGUGGUCGGUUGUGUUGGGGGCGUGGUGUGCGUAUUUCUGUACUUUUGGGUGGAUUAAUAGUAUUGGAACGUUCCAGACUUAUUAUGAGACAACGCUGUUGAGUGAGUACUCGACGAGUACGAUCGCGUGGAUUCCUUCGCUGGAGGUGUUUUUCAUGUUUUUCAUGGGACCCAUUGUUGGUACGCUGAGCGAUAGACUCGGUGCUCGCGUGGUCAUCAUCGCAGGCUCCCUCCUGCAUGUGUUUGGGCUCAUGAUGACCUCCAUCUCUACGGAGUAUUACCAGGUCCUGCUGUCGCAAGGUGUCUGUAGCGCUAUGGGGCUGUGUGCUAUUUUCCAGCCGUCAAUGAGCUCCAUUCCCAGCUGGUUCAACAAGAAACGCGGCGCGGCGUAUGGAAUCAUCGCCUCCGGGUCAAGUGCCGGUGGUGUGAUUUUCCCUAUCAUGGUGGACCGGCUCAUCACUCGUGUUGGCUUCGGGUGGGCGAUGCGCAUCGCUGCCUUUCUAAUCCUGGGGUUGCUUGUCGUCACUUGUCUUACUGUGAGGGCGAGAAUUCCGCCAAUGAAGCAGCGGAUGGAUAAAGAGGCGUUGAUGCGGCCGUAUAAGGAGGUGAAGAUGCUGUUCUUGGUUUCCGGGUUUGUCCUGUUGACUUUCGGCGUAUUUAUUCCUAUCAACUACAUGGAGACGUCGGCCAUUGCGGAUGGGAUGAGUACGAAUCUGGCGCAAUAUUUGGUUCCGAUCUUGAACGCUGGAAGUCUUUUCGGUCGAAUGGGGGCUGGCGCAUUCUCCGAUAAAGUCGGGCCAUACAACAUUUUUGUCGUAGUCUGUUCACUGACGGGCAUCUUGGUCCUCGCGCUCUGGAUCCCUGCGACCAACAACCCCGGUAAUAUCGUUUUCGCGGUCCUCUUUGGUAUCACUUCGGGCGCAUACUUCUCCUUGUCUGCUGCCCUGGUGGCAAAGAUUGCCCCGCUCCGGGAGAUGGGCUACUGGACUGGUGUGCUUUUCCUGUUCGCGUCGAUUGGUGCCUUGACAACAAACCCUAUUGCGGGCGCAAUCCUGCAGCGCGAUGAUGGGUCGUACACGGGCAUGAAGAUCUAUUCGGGUAUCUUUCUGUUGGCAGGCACCGUGUGUGUCCUAAUGACGCGUAUUCGUCAAACAGGCUGGGUGCUUAAGGCGAAGUUCUGA